AGCUCCGUCGUCUUCGUCGUCAUCGUGUCAUCGACGAUCUUCUCUCUCUAAACUCUAGCUAGAACAAUCCAACUCCAGAUUCAUCAUCUUCCAAAAUAAUGGACGAUAAGAUUCAUCCAAACGAUUCUCCUAAUUCCUCCGGCGAGAUGUCCACCAAGCCAUUAGGAGUUUCUUCUUCCAAGAAUCCCCGUCCUCCGUCAGGUACCUAUGUUAUCGAGCUUCCAAAGGAUCAGAUUUACCGCUAUCCACCGCCGGAAAACACUCGCAAGUUCCAAGAAUACGCUGUCCAGAAGAGAUCCCGUCGGAGAAGCUGCUUCCGCCGCUGCUUCUUUUGGACAAUCGGUUUUCUAACUCUCAUCAUUCUCCUCCUAGUGGUAACCGCCAGCGUACUAUACCUAAUCUUCCGCCCUGAAUCUCCCAGCUAUUCAGUCGACAAUGUGGCGAUUCGUGGCAUGAAUCUAACAUCAUCGUCGCGAAUUUCGCCGAUAUUUAACAUCACUAUUCGAGCUGUAAACCCUAACGGUAAGAUCGGGAUCUAUUACGAGAAAGGAAGUACAGUCGACGUCUAUUCAAUUUCCUCCGGCUACUACUCCUACCUCGGCGAAGGCGUUCUUCCGGCGUUUUAUCAGCCGUCGAAGAACUUGACGGUUUUCCAAACGGUGUUGAAAGGAUCCAAUAUCGUGUUGACUAGCGCUGUGAAAUCGGAUUUGAAGGCCGCGUCGAAGAAUGGAUCGGUGCCGCUAAGAAUAAACGUCAGGACGCCGGUCAGGAUCAAGAUCAGCGCCGUAAAGAUGUGGACGAUCACAUUGAAGGUGAAAUGCGACGUUAUGGUGGAUAACUUGACGGCGAAUUCGAAAAUUAUUUCAAAGGUCUGCAAAUAUCGUGUGAAGUUGAUAUGAUAUAGAGAGAGAAAGAUAAAUGAGGCAUAUAAAAAAUGAUUACAGUGCCAGUUAUUACCAAUUUACCCCAUUUGGAGAUUUGGAUAAUACAAAAUUACUUUUAUAUUUUAAACAUGUAAAUUAGUUUUGUGAGAAAUAUUAUUUUAUUUUAUUUAAUCUUGUUUUA